AUGGCGUUCGGCACCCUUAUGCGCUUCAGCUUGCUGCUCAUGCGCCUGCUGCAAUGGGCUAGUGCAGUGAUUGUCAUGGGAAUCGUAUCAUACUUCAUCAAACAAGGCCCCAAAAAUACACAUCUGAUCUAUGAGGAAGUGAUUGCCGUGAUUUCCGUUGUCUUCUUCCUACCCGGCCUUGUAUCUCCGUUCGUCGCAACUGUGGGCUGGCUCGCCUUCCCAAUCGACCUGAUUUUCUCAUACCUCUGGUUGACCUCUUUCAUCUUUGCCUCUCAAGAUUACAGCGCUGGAGCUGCCUGCUGGGCCAAUUCUCCUCCUGGAAUCGGCUGUGCCCUUAAACAUGCCUCGCAAGCAUUUAUCUUUAUUGCCUUCUUCUGCACCAUGUGCUCCGCCGCCAUGGAGAGCUGGAAUCUCUGGAACCACCACAACGCUACCCGCUCUCCCAUCCAUCAUAGCAAGGAGGUGCCGCGUGAGUCUGCGGACACCGCAGUCACCGGAAACGCUGGCCCCGUGGUCUAA